CUCUGAGAGAUGAUUCAAUUGGGGGCCAUUUGGGGAAACACUGCAAUAAAAAUAUGACCGACAGGGGCAUUUAUUUCCCACUCCAAUAAAUCCGCCUUAAAGACAGAAUCCAAGCAAGAAUGGCGAUCUUAGCGCCGGUCGUGGGUAGCAGACACCGUGACUGUGGCGUGUGGUGUUCAACGUGACACGCUAAUGGCGCCUGGAACAGGACGGAUGAUAGGACCCGUUGAAGAACUGAAGGCUGAAUAACUAAAGUUAUGCUUUUCCGUGUGCAGCAACAGCAGCAGCGGCAGCGGUGAGAGACAAAGCAGCGAGUGUUUUUUCCACGCGUGGAGGGCAGCCGGCUCCGUCUGGCUCGCUGGUUCUCCGCCUCGCAAACAAACGCAGGAGGCUCCGGUGUGGUCGCCGUAUUCGGGACGAGGGUCUCGGAUGGGACGCGUCUCAGACCAGCCGUCCCGGCUUUCACGUCGCGAAGAGGCGAGGUUCAUUUAUUUGGAAUCCGAACCGGACAUUUCGAAUCUCUGACACCGGAAAAAAAAGAAUCGUUCAUUUGGGUCCGGUUAAUCCCAGGUUGAUGCUGUCGGGUGCGCGACAGUACUCCCCCUGCCGCCUCCACCGCGCCCACGUCUCUUCCCGCCAUGGCGAUGAGCAGCCAGCCCGGCUUGGAGAGGCUGGAGUCCACUUCUGAGGAACAAGCCGGCAGUCUCACAGACAUCCUGGCUGCCAUGUCCACGGACGACCUCGGUGGUUCCGUGCGGAAUGGAGGGGCUCAGCCCGCAAGGACUCACCCGUCACGGCAUCAGUUGUCUGGAAGGAAGUUCUCUCUGCAGGAAAGGGGUACUUACUUAUCCUCUGCGGGGGGCUGCACACAUGUCUCCCCCCGGGUGGCUCGAAGGCCUACAGUGGAGUCCAAACGUGUGUCCAUAUCCGACUCUCAGGACUGUAUCCAGUUAAACCAGUAUAAACUGAAGAGUGAGAUUGGAAAGGGCUCCUACGGUGUGGUCAAACUGGCCUACAACGAGGAUGAUGACAAACAUUAUGCCAUGAAGUUGGUUUCCAAGAAGAAGUUAAUGAAGCAGUGUGGUUUUCCACGUCGCCCACCUCCUCGAGGGCCCAAGGCAGUCCAAGGAGAGCAGCCCAAAUUUUUAGGACCGUUGGAAAGAGUUUACCAAGAGAUCGCCAUCCUUAAAAAACUGGAUCAUGUCAACAUUGUCAAAUUAGUGGAGGUGCUGGAUGACCCUGCGGAGGACAACCUUCACAUGGUGUUCGAGCUGAUGCGCAAAGGGCCAGUGAUGGAAGUGCCUACAGACAAUCCUUUGUCAGAAGAACAGGCAAGGUUAUACCUCCGAGACAUCAUCCUCGGUAUAGAGUACUUACACUACCAGAAGAUUGUACACCGGGACAUCAAACCUUCAAAUUUGUUGCUGGGGGAUGACGGCCAUGUGAAGAUUGCCGAUUUUGGAGUGAGCAACCAGUUUGAGGGCACGGACGCUAUGCUGUCAGGAACAGCUGGUACUCCUGCCUUCAUGGCACCAGAGACCUUGUCCGACAAACGCAAGAGCUUCAGCGGGAAGGCGCUGGAUGUUUGGGCCAUGGGAGUCACGCUCUACUGUUUCAUCUUUGGAAAGCAAGAGAGUCAUUUAAUGUACCUUUCCUGUGUUUGGCCACCGUUUUCUGCGCCUCGCCUGCAGUGCCCGUUCAUCGACGAAUAUAUAAUGGCUUUGCACAAUAAGAUAAGGACCAGGCCUGUGGAUUUCCCAGAAAUACCAAAAAUCAGUGAAGAGCUGCAGACCCUGAUCUUACGGAUGCUGGAUAAGAACCCAGACACCCGGAUCACCGUACCUGAAAUAAAGGUGGACCAAUGGGUGACUCGGGGGGGCAGCGAGCCCCUACCUCUUGAGGAGGAGCACUGUACUGUGGUGGAGGUGACAGAAGAGGACAUCAAGAACUCGGUCAAGUUUGUUCCCAGCCUCUCUGCUGUGAUCUUGGUCAAAGCCAUGUUGAGGAAACGAUCCUUCAGCAACCCGUUUGAGUGUCCGAGCCGAAGGGAGGAGAGAUCCAUGUCUGCACCGGGCAGCCUGCUCAUAAAGAGCAGCACAGGCGAUGGACCCAGAGAAGGAGAGCUGGAGGAUCUGCAUGAAGAUGAAGCCUCCUCUUGAGUCUUAUAGACGCAAACUUCCUUCUCCUGUCUUGUCCAUCAGCCUCUACACUUCAUGUUCUCCACUGCGGAGAAGCUCCUAAAUGCAACGUGAUUUGAAUAUGCUGCUUUUUAUACUCAGGCUUGCUUUUCUUUGCACUUCCUGUUGACCUCAAAGUAAGCAACUCCACUCCUCCUUUUUUUUUAAAAGAACCUACUGGUCAAGAAGAAGGACAUGAGGGAUUUUUUUUAAUUUUCAAACUAUUUAUUGUCUUACAGUGAUAUAGGGCUUUUAAUUUCCAACAAGUUAUUAAUGUUGUACAUACACAUUACGUUUUAUCAGUGUUAUCAUUCAUUCAUUCACUCCCGCUUAUCCUCACGAGAGUCGCGGCGGUGCUGGAGUCUAUCCCAGCUGUCUUCAGGCGAGAGACUGGUGGCCAGCCAAUCACAAUGGCACAUAUAGACAAACAACCAUUCACACUCACAUUCAAAACCUAUGGACAAUUUAGAGUCGCCAAUUAACCAGUGGCUAAUAGUCUAAAAAUAAAGAAUUCAUUUCAAGAAAUGCUGCAAAUGUUUGACAGACCGUAUGAAUGGCCUGCAAAAAAUGGCAAUUCCACAACUUCACAGAGUGAACGAUGAUGCUAACCACUCGGUUAUCAUUCAUAUUUAGUCAUAUUUUCUUAUUUAUUUCCUGGGCUAUAUUCAUUGUCCUAUGUGUGGGAACUUCUGACGCGUUUUAUUGUUCUAUAGAUUGGGACUUACUUAAAUUAUUUACAACACAUUGCGUAACUCUUAUGCUGUGGGGACACAAAACAGUCGCUAGAUAGCGAGCAUCAAAUUUACUUCUUAACUGAAGAAGACAAAAAAUUUACCACUUCCACACAGAAUGGGAGGAGAACUUUUUUUUUUUAAUCUCUUGUCAGGUUGGACAUGCUUCAUGUCCUGACUUGAUGAAGUGAAGGUCAUGUCUGAAUGCUUUGUGGUAUUACUGCCACCUCGUGACCAGAAUACUACAUAUCACUUCAUUUUUUAUGACUAAUAGAGUAAAGACUACCACCAAACAGCCAUCAUUAAUUCAUUAAUUUCUGGAAAAACACAAUAUACAAUAUUAUGAGGGCCGACUACAUCGUAUUUCAUCACAACCCAAUCACAGAUCAGAUCUUGUUUUUUUGUGUUUGUUUGUCUCAAUAUAGUUUUUUUCUCGCUACUGAUUGUGUACCUGAAAGUACUGAUAAGGGAAACUCAAUGAAGGGCUUUUUUUUUUUUUAACUCUUAAGAAGUUGGUCUGCUGCAUUUUGUAUACGCAACAAUCUGGCACUCACGCUUGUCCAUGGUGCAAAUUGUGUCGUCCACCUUUAAAGGCUAAUUCACUGCUUGCACUUUACAUGACUUGAUUUACUGUAAAUAUGGACGUACCUGAAUAUGCCAGACCUGCUACUCUAUGCUGUACAUGAACAAGACAUGGAUUGCAUUGUAGAUGCUUUCCUCCUGCAUGCCACAGUUGUGCCACCACCAAUAACACACUUUGUACCGUAAUUAGAACACGGUAAGAGCUUUCAAGUGCUCUUCCAGAGCUACUGGAACAGUAAGGCAAAUUCCUUUUGGCCGGUUUGGACACCCCUGUGGAUCCCACCCACACGUAAUGUUGCUCUAUGGUCUCGUACUGGACAAACCCAAACAUUUGAAGUCUUUAGCGCAGGGGUCUCAAACUCAAUUUACCUGGGGGCCACUGGAGCUAGGGUCUGGGCAAGGCUGGGCCGCAUCAGGUUUUCCAAAAAAAAAAACCUGCAUUUAUUAAAAACACAAAAAUAUACAAACUUGGGUCCGAUUUUCUACAAUAAAAGCUCUGAUAAAACAUUCCACUGUUCUCAAAUAUCUUAAUUUUUAUUUUUCUGCACAAAAUAAGCUGAAAAAUAUAUAAAUAAAUCAAGAAUAAAGAAAAUCAAUCAAUCAGUAAUAAAUAAAUAUAAUAAUAAUAAAACAGCAAAUAAUAAAAACUUAAGAAACCACAUAUAGUUGGUGGGUAGACAAAUGAUUUUUUUCAGAUUAAAAUGAACAAAGCAUUAUUAGAGCCCUGUAGACAUGACAAAACACGACUAUAGUCACAUUUAUACUCUUUUUAUUUACAACAUAUUGCGCAACUGCAGGGUCUGGAGACACAUGCUAACUCGCAAACUAGACAGCUAGCGACCUAAACGGUAGCCUAUUUCCUUUAAACUUAAAUAGCCAAAAACUUACCACUUCCACACAGAUAGGGAGGAUAACUAUUAACAGUUAUUUAACCUUUAACAUGAACAUUAAUCAAACGUAAUAAUUUUUUCUGGGUACAUGAUACCAUACAGCAGCCAUAUCAAACGGGCCGCACGAACAUUAAACUUUCAUAUCAAGGCGGGGGCCUCAAACAAGUGUCCUGCGGGCCACAUUUGUCGCGCGGGCCGCGUGUUUGAGACCCUUGCUUUAGCGAGAUUCAUAGAAUCGAUCUCACUGUUCCAAUAACUCUGGAAGCCCCCGCAUAAACGCUCUUUAUUCGAAUUUCCAGCAUGCGUCAGUCAGUCGAUGAGUGGCCAUACGUGUCAUUAUCUAAACCCCGUGCAGAAUUCCGGGGCUCCAAAAUGUCACAGACGCUGCAUUUAAAGCAAUUCUAGGAGUAGACGGAACUGUUGCAUGAUCGAUUUGAACAAUCUGCAUGUCAAAGGAACUUUGGUAGACUGCUGGGAUUUUCUGUCUGCAUGAUGUGGCAGAUCUUGACCCAGCAGCAACUCUAGUCGUUUCACUACAUCGUAGAAAUAGUAUCACAUGAAUGGGAUCUGGCAGGAGGUAUCCCGAUUCUUUUUUUUGCCUCCUUUUGUGACUGCAGUGCUUAAGGAAGAGAGAAAAUCAUAAGUCUACGGGAAAUGAAUGAUAAAUGGGUCCUUUAUAUGUGUGAGCUGUUUUGUAUUUUACUGUCCUGAUGAGAUGUUGACGUUCUGUGUUGUCUUUAUACCUGUCGUUAUACAAAUGUAUUUACUGUAUGAACAGAAUCCUGGCACAUCCUCACUGUAAAUAUGUACUUUUAUAUGCAUAUAUAUAUGUAAACAUAAAGCUAUUUUUGCAUGCCUUUUCUACACUUUGAUUUGAGAGACAAUAAAAAUGAAACCUUGAAUCCUUUUUUAUUAUAUUUGUGCUUCCUCUGCAGCUGACACAUAAUCUUGUAGUUAAUAUGUCAUCUUUUAUUGAAUUUCAUUGUUAUCAUAAAACCUGGACAGUGGCAGGAAAUGGAUGACACAAGAUACCUUUUUGGGACACUUCAUUAGGUACACUCGCACAUU